UUAGAAUGAUAUUGUCUCUGAGACUCUUUUCUGAUCACCAAAAUCUGGGCUUAGAAUAGAGCUCCCGGAGGAGGAGAAGCGGAAAAAAUGGCGAGAGCUGGGGGAAUAACUAACGCAGUUAACGUCGGAAUAGCUGUUCAAGCUGACUGGGAGAGCCGCGAAUUCAUCUCUCACAUCUCCCUCAAUAUCCGCCGCCUCUUUGACUUCCUUCUCCACUUCGAGGUCACCACCAAAACCAAACUCUCAUCCUUGAAUGAGAAGCUACAUACACUCGAGCGUCGCCUCCAACUUCUCGAACUCCAAGUCUCCGCCGCGACAUCCAAUCCAGCUCUCUUCAAUACUUGAUUCAUACGGAUCUUCAACGGAGCCAAGUAACCUGUAAGUCACUCCUUUUCUGUACUCUAUACCACAUAAUUGUUGUUAUCUAAUCAAUGAACAAACAGAAACUCAUAAUCUGGUUAGUUUCCUCUGCUGAGCUGUUAUCGAGAUCUGGAGUCCAGGCAAAAUUCUAAUAGCUCAAUUUAAUAAUUUUGUUCUAUAAAUCAACACUUUUUGUUUUGGUGUUGAUUUUUAUGUGAAAUAUUUCUGGAUACUUGUUGUUGGUGUUUGAGAAUAGCAUUAGUUCAAAAGUCUA